AUGAACCGAGAGAAAGAGCGGCAUACAGCGCUAGCCAAUUCAUCGGACGAGCGAGGAGUCUCUCGUUCCGCGUCUUCUGCCUGGAGACGGAGAAGGUCUGGCGGCCGGCCGUCGUCGCCGCUGCGGGUGAUCACAGCCAGCAGCGCUGGAGGCAAGGGGAUGGGGCGGCCGGGGACGGGGCGAGGAGGGGGACUGGCGGGCUCAUCGCUGAUGCGUUUUGCUGUAGCCGUGGUGGCGGCGGCGGUCUUGUUGGCCGCGGGUCCCUGCGAGGCGACGACGAAGCCGUACUCGAGCAGGGACGACGUGCCCGUGAUCGCCAACAAUGUGUUCCCCUACAACAACCCAGCGGAGACGUACAAGUACUACUCCCUACCGUUCUGCCGGCCCGAGAUCUCAGAGCGCGAGCGUCAGCGCUUCGGGGAGAUGCUUGUUGGGGAUCGAAAGGUGUCCACGGACUACAAGCUAUCUUUUGGUGUCAACAUGUCGAUCAUGCGGCUGUGCAAGCCUACGCUGUUUCCAGACGAUCUUCGACAGCUGUCGGAGGCCAUCAAGGAGGGUUACUACUUCGAGUUCUUCGUUGACGACCUACCCGUCGAGGGGCCAAUUGGCCAGGUGACUGGACACGACAUCCACGUCCCGUUGGGGUUAUUGCAGAGCGCGGGUACAGUGGAGCUCUACAAGCACAUCAACUUCGUCAUCGGGUACAAUGGAGACCGGAUAGUCUCGGUGACCACUAACCCUCACGAGCCAGAAUCGGACCAGCCACCAUACGUGGACAUCAGCAACACGGACAGCGAGAUCGAGGUUGAGUUUACGUACUCGGUGGUGUGGAAGGCGGAGGACACUCCCUUCAGUGCUCGGAUGGACAAGUUGGCGGGCGGCGGUUUCUUGCCGGAAACCUUCGAGAUUCAUUGGCUCUCCAUCAUCAACUCUUUCGUGCUGGUGGUGAUCCUCACCGUCUUUCUGGGCAUAAUCCUUCUGAGGAUCCUAAAGAACGACUUAACGCGCUACAUGGACGGGGAUGAGGACGACAUCGGGGAGGAGGAGUCGGGAUGGAAGCUUAUCCACGGCGACGUGUUCCGCUUCCCAAGCCACGUGAACUUGUUUGCGGCCUUAACCGGAGCAGGCGCUCAGCUGUGCGUGGUGACGAUCUCACUGCUCCUUUGCGCCCUUCUGGGCGUGUUCCGCCCCACCAAGCGCGGCUCCAUCCUGACGUGCAUCCUUGUGCUCUACUCGCUCACGGCCUGGGUUUCGGGGCUCGUGUCUGCAAGGUUGUACCGCCAGCUCGGCGGGGGCAAGUGGGUGUGGAACGCCAUCACGUCUUCCCUCGUGUUCCCUCUCCCCCUUCUUGGCGUGUUUAGCGUCGUCAACACCAUUGCGAUAUCUCAGUCCUCGACGGCAGCGCUCCCGUUCUACCCAGUAAUGGUGAUCGUGGCGAUGUUCGUCUUCAUCGUCUUCCCCAUGACGGUGAUCGGAGCCAUCAUCGGCCGCAACACUACCUCUGACUUCCAGGCCCCAUGCAGGACCACCCGCGUUCCUCGCCAGGUUCCCAAGGACGUUCCGUGGUACCGCCGGGACGCCUCCCAGAUGGUGAUGUCGGGCUUCUUGCCGUUCAGCGCGAUCUACAUCGAGCUGCACUACAUUUUCGCCAGCGUGUGGGGGCACCAGAUCUACACGUUGUUCGGCAUCCUUAUCUUGGCGUUCCUCCUACUGCUCGUUGUGUGCAGCUUCAUCACGGUGUCCCUGAUCUACUUCCAGCUGGGGCGAGAGGACCACCGCUGGUGGUGGCGGAGCUUUUUUUCGGGAGGCUCUACGGGACUGUUCGUCUACGCCUACUCGUUCUUCUACUUCUUCAACCGCUCACAGAUGGACGGCCUUUUGCAGUCUUCUUUCUACUUCGGGUACAUGGCCGUGAUCAGCUACGCGUUCUUCAUCAUGCUCGGGUUUGUCGGCUUCGUCUCCUCGCUCACCUUCGUGAAGCACAUCUACAGCGUCCUUAAGUGUGACUGAGCCGCCAAAGCCAAGGCCUUGCCUCAAGCGUCGCUCACACCGACGGGAGGGGGCAUUCUUCCGGACAAGCGACAAAAACCCCGUCUUAGCGUCUUGUUUCUGUCACUGCUGUUUUCGAUGUUUUCUGAUGUUACCUAUUUUUUUUGUUAGAUUGCGGUACCCUGCCUACAUAAAGGAAGAAUUGCCGCGGCAUCUUGUAUAUUUGUUGCGGCAUGAUUCGUUGGUAAAAUUCGGUGCGCUAUAGGCUGGGUGGGCCGUCCGCCCUCCCUUGUGCUCAGUCACGGUCUGCGGCUUUCCCUUUCCCCACCAUAAGUGUGGUG